AUGGGCUGGUUUGGUAUUUGCCUGACAUCCUUUCAGGAGCACGCCAGGUAUGUGACUAUGGCCGCUGGGUGUACAAUCUCAAACCCUGUUCAGUUGCAGAUCUGGAAGUUCCUCAAAAUUCUUGAAUCAGCUUUGACGAUAGACGACAAGGCUACUACUAACUGGAGGAAUCAUAAAAUGCACUACAGGCCUGCAGAGCAAUGUCAACAACUCAAGCCCGGGACCUCUUCCGAGUUCAAGCUUGAAGUCAGCGCGCAAAUGAAGCGUGGCGCCGUUGGGGCGCAGUGGAGCCUGGAAAUGCAAGAGUCAUCUGCUUUGAUUGGCGCCAUCCUGAGUAUCAUACAUCCACAACUUUAUGAGCAGGGAAUGGAGGCACUCCGCCGCCUCGAGACAGAAAAUGGGUUUGUGGAUGAUGAGGAAGAAUUGUACACGGCGCUGAAGCAUUGGACUCCCCCUUUCAGCGCCUUGUCAGUGAUUAGCAACCGGUCAACACCAGUACACCGUGACACCAAAGGGCGCAAUGAGUGGAUUGAUGUCCUAGUGCCUUUGGGAGAGAAAGACUCGACUGGAAUCAUGGAUUUCCCGGGUUUAGGCAUAUCCAUCAAGUACAACCCAUCGACAAUAGUUGGGGUUGCUGGCAAAGUGAUCUCACAUGGGGCAGUGUUUGAAGGGGGAGAAAGGGGGUGCAUUUCAUACUACAUGCGCAAUAAAGUUCAUGAGAGGUUAGGAGUUCCAGCAGGCACAUGGAUGAACACCAAGCUAGCGCCUGUUGGUCACAAUGGCGCUGGCGCCUCUUCGUCAACAUGGUGCUGGCGCCUCUUAGUCACAAGGCAGGCCAACCAUAAUCACUUGCGGAGUCACCAGUGCUGGAGUGUCCUGAUGCUGGCCAACUCAAGCCCGUGGAGGACACAGGAGAAGCCGGUCCAUCAAAAUCUCAAUGGCCUCUAUGUCGUUUCGGAGCUGGUCUUGUUCCAUGCGACCACGAAAAAAGAGGUGUUGGACCCACAUCUGUGCGCCAUGAACCUUUGCUGCUGCUGUGGCCGCAUGCACUGGCAGAACUGGAAUGCCAGCCUCAUCGUCCUCGACUUCCAUGUUGGGUUCACAGUAUGGCUAAACAGUAGAAGGUAUCAAUAA